AUGAUGACACCAAAUCGGGCGAUGAACGAGAUGUUGACCGACGAUCUGCCAACAAUGCUCGAGAACGUAUCACUAAUCUUCCCUGAUUUCAGAGUUCGCGUGCGCGACAUCAACACUGCCUUCAAAGAACUCGGUAAAAUGUGUGGACAGCAUCUUCCGAAUGCAUCCGAGAAAGCACAGACAAAGCUUGGAAUCCUGCAUCAAGCUGUCUCCAUCAUCACUGCUUUGGAGGAGCAGGUCCGACAGCGCAAUCUCAAUCCAAAAGCUGCAUGUCUGAAGCGACGAUCCGACGACGAUAAAUUGACUCCAAAGUAA